GAAGCUUCGACGCUAUAAAAGGGACCUCGGCAAGUUGAGUGGGGGUAUCCUAAUAUUGAAUGAGACGUAGUCCUUAUAUCUCUUUAAUACAAGUAGCCAUGAAGUUCUUGGUGCUGAAUAGCCAAACUGCGCAAAGCGAACAGCACAGCCUCUCAAUUCCACUAAACAUCGAACUUCCAAUAAAGCAGGCUUGACAUACCGCUCGACAAAAUGGACUUCUCCCAAUAUGGUGGCCCGUCAGAGGAAUGGCUCGCCGUGGAAAAGACCCUCCCCCAACUCUCCUUCGACACCUCCCUCCCUCCCACCGUGCUAAAAAAGGAUGUCAACGCCCUGCGCGUAUCGCUCGCAUCCGAAGCCAUGAAGACACUCAGACCCAAAGUGCAAACGGCGGAUCACACCAUUCCCACCCGUGACGGCUCCACGAUCGGCGCACGCAGUUACAGGCCCGCAUCGAAGGACCCCUCCGAGAAACUUCCUGUGUAUCUGUACUUCCAUGGCGGUGGAUUCCUGUUCGGCAACCUGGACACGGAAGACCCGGUCUGUGCGGCUAUCGCUAUUCAGACUGGCGUUGCAGUCUUGAGCGUGAAUUAUCGGCACACGCCGGAGCACAAGUUCCCCACCGCAUGGUGGGACACGCACGAUGCGUUUGCCUGGCUCCAUCAAAACAUCGACGCAAUCGGCGGCGACCCCUCCAAGAUCGUCGUAGGCGGGAUUUCAGCGGGCGGACAACUCACCGCUUCUCUUGUGCUGGAGAAGCAUCUCGGAAAGGCCCUGACCGAGUAUCCUCCCAUUGCUGGGCAAAUUCUUCUGAUCCCUGCUCUGGCGCAUCUUGCCACGUAUGAGGAUGGACCGAUCAAAUUGAUGAAGAGCCCAGAGGUGUCGAGUUACAAGCAGAAUGAGAAUGCGCCACUGUUGCCCGUGUCCGCGAUCAAGUACUUCUACAAUCUCCUCGAGACGGACAGCAAACCGGACCUGAAGGACACCAAGUUGAACAUCGUGAAUGCGACACCAGAAGAAGUGAAGGGGCUGCCGCCGACGGUUUUCUGUAUUUGUGGUUUGGAUCCCUUGAGAGAUGAGGGCUUGCUGUAUGCGAAACUAUUGAGUGAGGCGAACGUACCUACGGAUACGUAUUUGCUGAAAGGCAUACCGCAUGGGGCGAGGAGGUUCGGGAGCCAAUUGAAGGCGAAUGCGAAGUGGGAUGAGGUGCAUCAGCAGGGUAUUUUGUGGACAUUGUCCAAACCGGCGGCGACGGGGAACCUUGAGGUUAAGGUCUUUGAGUCUUGAGCGUAGAUAUUGUGGUAUAUCCAUAUUGCCUGUGAAGCGUCAGAAGGCCUCUGUGCCGAGCCGAGUUAGUUAGAUGCUCUGCCUAUAAUCGUAGGGUCG